AUGGCAAAGCAAGACCGACACUACCCCAACGACGAGGAGAAGGGAAAACGCUUUGCAUUAUUCCAAGCCAACCUGGAAUAUGUUGAGAGCAAGCAACAGAGCAAGGCGUUCCAGUUAAGCUUGAACCAGUUCUCCGAUAUGACGAUUGAGGAGAUGUUCGCACCCCAGACACGAUUCGAAACAAUGCUGACCUCUUCAAUGUCUAACAAUCAAAAAUUGUCCAUCGAGGAUGAUGUGCUCGAGAGCAUCGAUUGGAGGGAACAAGGAGCAGUCACGCCGGUGAAAAAUCAAGGAGCAUGUGGUUGUUGUUGGGCAUUUUCAGCUGUAGCAGCUGUGAACGGUGUUCCAUUUCCUCUAGGGUUAUCACCAUUUGUUGGCUCUUUCUCUUUUUGUUUUAGUAGGGUGGUAUGUCUUUUGAUUCUUAUAUUGCUUAGAUAUACAAGUCGUUCUUAUCCGAAAGAGAUUCUAAGGUUACUUUUAAUGAAGAGAGCAGCAGAGAAAAUGAUUGGUAACAAUUAA